CAAGCGAGGAGGUGGAGAAGAAUGGCGUGGCAUGGUAUUUUUGCCAUUCUGACAUUUUAAUGAUUUUCCCGAGAAGUGGAAUCGUCGAUGUCGUCGUUAGGCUGCAGAACACGGCGAAGGGUGGCCACGUCAGAGAAUGUGAAGCGGUGUUCGCCGCCGCCAGCUCACCACCGUCUCAGCCGUGACCUGAAGAGAAAAGAGAGACAGAGAGUGAGGGAGAGAGAGAGGGGAAGAGAGUGGGUUAGAGCGCCUCCGGCCACCACCAACCGCCACCAUGAGGAACUCGGCCAUCUUGCGAUGGACGCAAAACAACAAACUGCUACAGCGCAACAACCAGAACGGCAACACCAAACCGCCAUGGAUUCACCCGGCAGACGCCAUGAAAACGGGUCAUAUCGCCUACCUGGUCAAGUUUCUUGGGAGGACGGAAGUGGACCAGCCGAAGGGCAUAGAGGUGGUCAAGGAAGGGAUCCGCAAGCUGCAGUUUGGGCAGGAGAUCAAGAAGUCAGAGUGUUCGAAGCUUCCCAAGCGAGAGCUCACGAUAUCCAUCAAUGGUGUUGCAAUACAGGAGCCCAAGUCGAAGGAGAUCCUGUAUCAGUAUCCACUGCACAGGAUAUCAUAUUGCGCUGAUGACAAGGGUGAGAAGAAAUUCUUCAGCUUCAUCGCCAAGGAAGCCGAUAAGGAAGUGCACUCCUGCUUCGUCUUUGUCAGCGAUAAAUUGGCGGAGGAGAUCACGUUGACCAUCGGGCAGGCGUUCGACCUGGCCUACCGCCAGUUCCUGGACACAUCCGGCCGCGACCUGGAGAACAAGAAGCAGAUGAUGAUCCUGCAGAAGCGGCUGGCGCUGGUGCAGUCCGAGGCUGACGAGCUGCGACGGCGACUGAAGGCCGUGGCCGAGCUGGCCGGACCCGCCGCCGUCCAGGAGUACUGCAGAAAGAACUUGAUCCUGAGCCUGCUGGACGUCUCGCCGCCUACCGCGACGCAGAACGGCGACCACAAGUCGCUGACCAACGGCACAGACAGCAGCAGCAGCAGCAGCAGCGGCAACAGCAGCGGCAGCGGCUCCCCAGCCCCGCCGCCAGUGCCGCCCAGGAACACCGAGACCACCGACCUGAUCGGGGACUUUGACGACAAUGACAACGCCCCAGCGGUGGGUACCAAGCUGGAGGGUCUACUAUUUGAGGACCUGGUGGAGCCGACCAACGGAGGACAAAACGGCCACUCGCCGCCGCCGCCUGCUAUCUCGCCGCCGCCGCGGCCCACGCCGGCGUCGGAGACCAAGGACUUGUUCGGGGCGGAGCCGUUCUCGCCGCCGGCUCCGACCGGUCCGCCGCCGCCGCUGCCGCCGCCCGUCCGGGACGACCCGUUCGGCAUGGGCAGCUUCCAGGGCUCGCCGGGUGAAAUCGAGAACGCCAUCGGCAUCCUGGACAAGCGGAUCAGCGAGAUGGAGGCUGGCUUCAGCCGGGGGCUGGCCAUCGGCAACGACGACUUCUCACUGGACGACCUGGACCCGCUGAAGAACUGACCGCACCCUGCACGGCGUCCGGCGACCCGAAGCGAUACCUGGCGACCGGGCGUGACACCUGGCGCCGGGGCCGGCGCGUGCCGAGCUGGACCGCGGCAGCGGGCUUCACUGGAGGUCGGCCUGCUCCGGUCCGUGCCGGUAGUGGAGUGCAGUGACGAACGCUGCCACUGGCGGUGAACGCGCCUGCGGCGCGGCUGAGCAGUCGGCUGCCAGGCGGUGGCUGCGCCGUGAGAUGCGGCCGCCGGGCUCCGGAUAGCCGCCCGCCGCUGAGACGCUCCCGCACUGCGAGCUGGGGAGGAGACGCAGCGGAUGCGGGCCAACUGGGAUGCAUGCGGCACGAGCGCGACUCUCGCGAUCUGGGAGCCCAGAUAGCAGCACUGAGCGGUUCUGCGGUAGACAGAGAACCUUGCCUCGUCUGCGCUCCUCACCGGAAGAAGGACGCUGUCCGUUCCCGACCGCGUGUGUCGGCCGGUCCUCCAGCACGGGAGUGUCGGCGGCUCCUGCUGUCGCGUGCAGGCUCACUGAAUGAAACACUGUAGUUUUAAACUGCAUAUCGUUGUGGAUGGGCCCGGCACUUGGGGCGUGGCGAGAGUGGGCGGUUACGAGAAAUGUACAUACGGGGGUGCGGCGUGAUAUGCUUUAUGUCGGUCGCUCGUGGUCGUAAUGGGCGAAACGAGAGCGUGAGUUGAGUUAAAAUACUGUGAACCGCACCUGCGAACAAUAUAACACUAUCAGCGCGUGGGGGGGGGGGGGGGGGGAGCGCGAACGAAAGAUUGCGUCUUUUUACGCAAGGUGAUACAGAGCGAGUGUUGGGCACAUGUACGUACGAAAUACAUGAUAACUUCGC